AUGACUGAGACUCUACCUUCAGUUGACUGGUAUCAGGACCAGGUUGUCUUUUUGACUGGUGCAACUGGCAACCUGGGAGGAUGUCUUUUAUACAAGCUGGCGCUGAAAUUGCCGACCAAGAAAAUUUAUGUACUUUGUCGAGGUUCUAUUCGCCAGACAAUUGAGAAAUGGGAAGCAUCGAUGCCGGAGGAAGCUCCAGACAUUCUCGAUUCAGGGAAAAUCCACUUCGUCAUUGGGGAUAUUACGCUGUGCCAGUUUGGAUUGAAAGCGCUUGACUUGGAGACUCUGCAAAAAGAGGUGUCGGUCGUCAUCCACUCGGCUGCUACGAUUGCCAUUUUUCAAGACCUCGCUGUGGCUGUCCGCAAUCAUUGCCACCCUGUCCAAACAUUGAUGGAACUGCUGGAAACGUUUGAUCGGCUGGAAACGUUUGUUUACAUUUCCUCUAUGUCGGUGAACACUUUUCUCCCUGCGGGGGUAGUCACGGAAAAAAUAUACCCUGUGACGAAUGAUGAGGUUCUUGCUGAAACCCAUGUAGCGUCCACUCUGGCUACGGGCCAAUCCUCAUACCCUGGCGCAUUUCCCGUGUCUUAUGCAGAGGCCAAAUACCUCAGUGAGAGAGUGGUGCUUGAGAGUAAGCCCUCAUUCUCAGUUCUGAUUGUUCGGCCAUCAAGCAUUGGCCCCGCGAUUCAAGACCCGUACCCCUUUUAUGGGCCUCAUGACUCUAUUCCGGGCCACUCCUUCCUGCAUUUGCUCCUGGAGAACCCAAACUACCGGACAUACAAUGGAACGAAGAGGUUCUCGCAGAAUAUGAUCAUGGACGAGAUACCAGUCGACAUAGCGGCAAAUGUUUGUCUCCUGCAUAUUGCGAGCGGUACUAAGGGGAUUAUCCAUGCAGGCUGCCAGCUACAUGUAUCCCUCACCACCAGUGAACUAGCAACAAUAUGCGAACAGUACACGCCAAAAGAGGUACUCAAGCAAAUUGCCAAAGUAAACUUUGACCAGAAUGGAGCCUUAGCCAAGCGUGUUGGUGAAGCCUUCGAGAGCAGUCACCGAGAUUGGACCUUUGAUUGUUCAAGAUCGCUGCAUUUGAAAGGGAUGGAAGGGGUGAUCGGACUUUGUUUCCCAAACCACGAUGGCAAUCAAUUUCUCCAGGAGCGUGUUCGGAGACAAGUCCGUCGAAUUGUACGGAAAAUCAACGAGCAGGAAUGA